GCGGAGCAACAACAACAACAUCCGCUGCUGUCAGCCAUUUCCGGAAAUAAUUAUGCUGAAACGCAGAGAGCCCAUUACCCAUGGCAGCAUCAGCUACACCAGAAUCCCUAUCUGCAUUAUGAACGACCACUGAUGGGCGUUGCGAGCAACCACAACGGUGCUUAUGCCAGCGCCAGCAGCGGUCACUCCGGGUAUGGCAUGGAUCCAUCGAUGGAGUACGAGACGCCAUCGUCUGGCAGCUAUUCCUCGUAUCAUCCGAGUGGUGGCAGUGCGCCCGCCUAUCCACCGCAUCCCCCACAUCCUCAAACUCAGCCUCAGCAUCCGCCCCAAUAUCAUGCGCCCAAGCCGCCACCCACAAAGCCAGCACCGAAGAAGAAAAAGAGCAGUGGCUCCGUCAUGUCGGCGCUGACGCUGCUCUCGUUCUUCUUUUUCGUAAACAUGCUGCAGAGCUGCAUCAAGGAGCACAUCUCUGACAUGAACCCCACCGUGAUGGUGCUUACGGCGGUCGGCAGUCGCAAUCGCUUCAAUAAAUUAGCUGAAAUGAACUCACGUGAACAAACCUCUACAACAACAUCCGAGUCACAAGCAACGGCAGCAGCCGCAGCAGCCGCAGCUGCAGCAGCAGCAGCAGCAGCAUCUUGGCAGCAGGCAUCAUUGGUGCCAGCACCCAGUACCGCCGUAGUUCCCGUUAUUGUUACGCCAUCUGUGACUUUGCAUACGCCAUAUAGCAGUGGAUUGGUGACUAAUAAGCCAGCCUCGCAUGUCCAGUCGUAUCAGCCGUCACAGACGCCACAUCAUCAGCAUCACCAUCACCAUCACCAGCACAAUGAUGCUGACGAUGAUGGUGAUUAUUAUAAUGGGCAACGCGACCCCUCAUCACACCCUGAUUUCUAUCCUAAUCGCACACACAUUGACCAGUCGCAGUCGGUUGGCAGCGACUCGGACUACUAUUAUCAGCAUCAGUACUACCCAGAAAGGAAGCGACAUCAUCGUCAUCAUUACAUGGACAGCGGCAGUAACGUCGAACCUGGUUGGGCGUAUGGUAACUUGCAUUCACAGUCAGAGUCACAUCCACAUCCACAUUCAAAUCUGCAUCGAGAGUCGUAUGCAGCUGGCAACAAACGUUACUCAUCUUCAGCUUCGUUGGGCGCUCAGUCGGGCGUGAGCUCUUACACGGAUAAUGCGCGGUCCAGGCAUGUCGAUGAUGGUGAUGAUGAUGACUUUGAUAAUGGUGAUUAUGAGCAGCGCUACAAAAAUCGACAUCAUAAUGGCGAUGAAGCUGAUGCGCAUGCUGACCGUGGUCCACAACGACGCACUGGCGAUUCCUUCUACACGCAUAAUAAUUGA